GUUGACGUUGUGGGGCGAUUAUCUUGGCUGGCCCGAAUGAAAUAUUAUGUGUGUUGAGAAAAUAUUUCAUAACGUUGAUUUUUGCCAGUAGUUGGCUGGCGCGGGCAGGAGCAGCCCGAAAGAGCGGCUGUGUGCCUUCCCUCGCCUCCCAUUGGCCGACGCCGGUGAUCGCUAUUAGCUCAAGCACCCGGCAAUACGUUGAACCAAUCGGCCUCUUCCCCAAGACAAGCCAGCGCUCAGCCAUACACCAGCUGUUUUUAUCCACCAAACUGUAAAAACGCCCAGGUAACGACGGAACAGUUUUUUAGUGUGGUGGUUGGCCCGCCGCAAGACGUGUGUAGCGUGCUGACGGGGGUCUUGGCCGUCACGUGACCUCCCCACCUGGUCCGGGCUGCUCGCAGACAACCCUUGAGGGGCACUUCACCUCAGGCUGGACAGACCCUCCAGCCCCGGUACAUCAGUGACACGAGAUAAUUGAGGCUCUCUAGUGGCCAGCGGAGCCGUGCGUCGCGGCCAUGUGCAGUGAAUAAGGCAUGGACAGGCAGUGUCUCGCGCUGAUUGGUCAGUUGAUAAAUAAUAGAUAAUUGUGAUUUGUGAUUGAGGUGGUAUUACCCGAAGUGAUUACCUGCCUCAAGGCCGACCACACGGACACACGCCAUGGCUAACGUCACCUACACCGGCGCCUCGUCCACCUCCCCUCUGGUGGUGUCGUCCAGCGGUGGCAGCGCCGUGGGGAGCCCCUGCGAGUCCCGGGAGCCGCCCCCCCUCCCAGGAGGGAUGGGCGUCGGGGGUUACGACCUGAUGACGUACCAGCGGCUGGCCAGCGCCUUGUAUGCCCACCCGCCCCACGCCACCCUCGACCCUGCCACGCCUACUUCCAUCCCGCCCACCACGCCCACCACUCUCCUCGCUGCCCACGACCCUCUUCUUCACGGCGGCGGUCUGGAGCUGAAGGAGGGGCUGGGCGGUCUGGGCGGCGGACCAUGGCCCUAUCCAAUGUACUACCCUUAUGACACCCUGGCGGCCUACCCCUUCUCCCACGGCUAUGGAAUGGCCUUCGACGCCGCCCGCCGGAAGAACGCGACCAGGGAGACGACGGCAACACUGAAGGCGUGGCUGAACGAACACAAGAAGAACCCGUACCCGACCAAGGGCGAGAAGAUUAUGCUGGCCAUCAUUACCAAGAUGACACUCACGCAGGUAUCCACGUGGUUCGCAAACGCCCGCCGACGCCUGAAAAAGGAGAACAAGAUGACGUGGGAGCCGAGGAACAAGACAGACGACGACGAUGACGAUGACGACGACAAGGACGACGAUCAUAACGAUGGUGAGAAGACAAAAGAUGUCGACGUGGGCGGUGAAGGCCGCGGAGUGGACGAUGGGGCAAGUGAAGGGUCACCACUGAGGCCGCCCUCGCCCUCCAGCACAACAGGAGGCGGCGAGGCGCCAUCUCUCGCGCCACAGCCGCCGGCAUCGCCCGUCAAACCGAGGAUCUGGUCUCUAGCGGACAUGGCAUCCUCCUCGUCGUCACCCACUUCACCGUCUUCUACCCUGGCGGGAGCGGUGGGCAAGAUGAGCGUCCAUCGACCAUUACACCUGGAGGCCUCGCCCUACGCUCGCCCGUUGCCCAUGGCCCCCCGGCUCCCCACGCCCCAGGAGGCACUACUUCAAGUCUACGCCAAGUCCCUCGGCCUGGCUCCCCACCACGCCCACUCCUUCCCCGCCCUCCCAUCCGGCUUAAAUGGACUCGGGUCACAUUUGUCUCCUCCUGGGCUGGAGGCUCCGCUGCCAGCGACCCUGGCGGUGCCCCCAUACAGCACCGCCAGCCUGCAGUCGCCAAUUGUGAGCAGACCGGUGGCAACGCGCCCCCUGCCGCCUGUAUCGCCGUCAUCCUUGAACCACACGCUCCCCGGUGGAGCCAAAAUCACACCAGCACCACCACCCACCCACCGGCCCGAGGGUUAACCUCCCUUGCAGCAUUGUGACCUGCUUCCCCACACUUGGUGACGUGUAGCCCUAUAAUUACCGGUGGCCACAAUGUUGGUCAAGCUUUAAGUGUGUCAAGAUAAUAAACCUACGAAGAAAAUAAUCAGCCGCAGAAAGUUUGAACACUGCUAAUUCAAAAUGGACGCGUUUUAGUGAACUGGUGUGAAAAAGAGGCGCCUGUGGUGUUGAGCGAUAAGCGGUGGAUUAGGGAAAAGGAAGAGCGAUAGAUGAUAUAUCUCUCAAACAUAUGAACGCUUCAAAAAAAAAAAAAAGCGAGGACACCGUAUGUUACCUAGACACUCUUAAUACUAAACUAGCAAUGUAACAAAUAUCGUAGCAUAU